AUGUCAGACGAGCUUAGUGCUGCGAAUGCGCAGAUGAGCUCAGAACAAGAGCUUGCGACCACAGCGGCGGUAGGCGCUGAGGAGAUGGCAAGCUCCGCCUGUCCAAGCAGCUCGAAGAUCUGUCACAGGAGGACUGAUUCGGCGGUGCCCGCAGCUGCAAGUGAAGCUGCAGAAGGCGGAGUACCUGAUGCUGAGAAGACACCUUCCAGUAGAAUGGCUUCAGCAACCAGCCAAGCCCAGCUCCAAUGCGACCCACCCGGCGUAGAAGGACAGAACACAGCAACCUGCAGUCCCUCAGGGAGCCCCCAAAAAUCUGAUUCAUCGCCAGCCACGGUCGUUGCCCCUGACGAUGUCAGUUUGCCGGCCGCAUCACCGGACCCGUCCGCAUCAGAUCCCGGAGCCAAAGCGGAGAAUGAGAGAGUUCUCCGUGCGCUACGACAAGAUGCACUGGGCGUGCUACAAAGCCUGGCCGUGGUGAAGCGGAAGUUGCUGGCGGCCAGCUCUGCGCCAGCGGAGCCUUCGUCCUCUGCUGGCGACGGGACGCCCGCUUUGAAGGAUCCUGUCAGCCCGGAGCACGGCCAGGAUGACGACUCGACCAGCACGGCUAUGGACAGCGGGACUUCGCGGAGUAGCGGUGCCGGCCACACUCUGCAUGGCGACGGAGGUACCCGCGUCCCUCAGCCAGAGGAGCAGAAAUUUGUCAGUAUUGCAGUUCAACAAGAGGGCCAGAAGCUGUCAUGA